AUGGACCCAAUGGAGUCAAAAUGGGAAUGUGAGACCCACAUCGAAAUUCCGAAAUUGACUACGUCUAAAGUCUACGAGCUCGCAUCUUCUGUUAUCGAUGCUCUUAAGCAAAAGUUCCCCAUCCCUGUCUAUUCGAUUGGGAGCUUUCUCUCUGUCUCGCGUGAUGAACUUGAUGAGAUCGUAGCUGGUGCGCACAAUAGUGGUGUUCAUUUCUUUUGGGUGGCACGUGAUGAAACUGUUCGAUUUCAGAAAAAUGGAUGUAGUGUAGGGCUUGUUGUGCCCUGGUGUGACCAAUUGAAGGUGUUGUCACAUCCUUCGAUUGGUGGAUUUUGGUCACAUUGUGGAUGGAAUUCGACUAAAGAAGCAGCAUUCUCAGGCCUUCCAAUGCUGACUUUUCCGAUAUUCUGGGAUAAAAAAACUAACAGUAAGCAAAUUGUUGAAGAUUGGAAAAUUGGUUAUAGGGUGAAAAAACAUGACAAAUGUUCGAUAUCGAGGGAGAUUUCUAGGUUGUUGAAAUGGUUUAUGGAUUCUGGAAAUGAAAGAAGUGAUGGCAACGAGGCGAAGAGCAAAAGAAAUACAGAAAAUCUACCAGUUUUCCACUGCAAAUGGAGGAUCCUCUGA